AUGCGCGCCAUUAGCCUGACCCUGCUGCUCCUGGCGGCUGUUGCCUGUACUACAGCUGAAGACAUGCCUGAAGACAUCGCUGCAAACAACGCUGAUGAAAUGGAAGGGUCCCUCAUGGAGAGGCUGACUAAGCUGAUGGGUGACCUAGACGAGCUGAGUCAGAAAUACCGCCGGUACAAGGGAUACCACCCCUCCUUCAGAGGAGCGCUGAAUGGUGUCCGGUACCUGGUCUUCAAAUAUGAGCGGACUUACGAUGAAGCGAAGGAGGUGUGCCAGGGUUACGGCGGGACGCUGGCAGACAUCAAGUCUGAGGCCAUCCACAACUUCGUGGAGGGUCUGGUCCGCAAGGUCGACCCGCAUAAGAGCUACUGGAUCGGACUGAACGACAUGGCGACUGAAGGAACCUGGGCCUGGUCUCGUGGUGAGACUGUGAGUGACUGUGGCUACACUAACUGGGCUCCUGGUCAGCCGGACAACUUCCUCUGGUCUCAGGACUGCGGCCGGAUGUGGGACUGGGCCAACUUCAAAUGGGACGACGCCAACUGCGCUGACAAGUACCACUUCGUCUGUCAGAUCGGUCGCAGGAUGACAAACCGCUGCUAA